AUGGCUGCCGUAGGCCAGUCCUUCACGCGAGAAGAGGUUCGCGAUCACACUUCGGAUGACUCCCUCUGGUGUGUGAUUGACAGCACGGUCUACGACCUCACCGACUUCGUCGACGCCCACCCGGGCGGCGAGUCGGUCCUCAAGCAGAUCGCCGGCCAGGAUGCCACCACCGCCUUCUACAACCUCCACCGCCAUGAAGUCCUCGCCAAGUACGCCGACCUCGCCAUCGGCACCAUCCAGAACGAGAAGCCCCAAGUCAUCAGCCCACAACCCGGUGACCUCUGUCCCGUCCCCUACUCAGAGCCUCUCUGGCUGACAGCCCCCUUCCGGACCCCCUACUACAAGGACUCCCACCGCCGUCUGCAAAGGGCCGUCCGCGAGUUCAACGACCGGCAUCUCACACCGGAGGCUCAUGAGUGCGAGAGGACGGGCGACUUCAUCAGCCAGGGGAUGAUCGAGCACAUGAGCCGGCUGGGGAUCCUGCACAUGCGUCUGGGGCCCGGGAAGCACCUCCACGGCGUGGAGCUGAUGGGCGGGGCCGUCAAGGGCGAGGAGUUUGACUACUUCCACGACCUGAUCGUCUCGCAGGAGCUGUGCCGGCCCAUGGCCCGAGGAUUCCAGGACGGGAACAUGUCUGGGAUGACGAUCGGUCUCACAGCGGUGCUCAACUUCUCUAGGAACUUGGAGUGGAGGAACAGGAUUGCGGACGAGGUGUUCAGCGGGCGGAAGAAGCUGAGCCUGGCUGUGACUGAGGCGUUUGCCGGUUCAGAUGUUUCCGGGCUAAGGACGACGGCGGAGAAGACACCUGACGGAAAGUACUAUAUCGUAAACGGUACCAAGAAGUGGAUUACGAAUGGCCUUUGGUCCGAUUACUUUAUCACCGGCGUUCAGACUGGCAAAGGCCUGAGUGUGCUCCUUAUCGAACGAGGCGAGGGUGUCGAGACCAAGCCGAUAAAGACGUCGUACUCGCCAGCGGCUGGCACAGCCUACGUCACGUUCGACAAUGUUAAAGUUCCCGUUGAGAACCUGCUUGGAGAGGAGCACCAGGGAGCUCGAGUCAUCCUCAGCAAUUUCAACCAUGAACGAUGGGCCAUGUCCUGCAGCGCCAUUCGAAACGCCAGAGUCAUCGUCGAAGAAUCACUAAAAUGGGCCAACCAACGAAUCGUGUACGGUAAAAGGUUGAUCGACCAAGCAGUCAUCCGCCAAAAGUACGUCCAAUACCUACCCCAGUUCCUCGUUACCCGGGUACUCGAACUCUUUAACGCAGCAUCCCGACUAACCUUUGCCCUUAGGCUCGCCAAGAUGAUCGCGCUGGUAGAAGCGAACCAGUCGUGGCUCGAGACCAUCACGUACCAGAUGUGCCACAUGCCCUACGCGGAGCAGGCCAAGCACCUCGCCGGGCCGAUCGCCAUGCUCAAGAUGAGCUGCACGCGUGCCUGCCACGAGAUCGCAGACGAGUCCGUACAGAUAUGGGGUGGGCGCGGCCUGACCCAGACGGGCAUGGGCAAGCACAUCGAGAUGUUCCAGCGCACGUAUAAGUUCGACGCCAUCCUGGGGGGCGCGGAGGAGGUCCUUGCCGACCUUGGAGUUAGGCAGGCGAUGAAGAACUUCCCCAAGGCAAGGCUAUGA